AUGUUCUGGGCAUUUGACUUGAAAGAGUCCAAUACUACGAACAAGGCAUAUUUCUUCCCAGGUCUUGUUGCCCACGCAACUGACAAGUCAACGCUUGAAGUUGUAGCGGAUGCCAUCACUUCUGCCCCGGGUUGCCGACCGGAGAACAUCAGCUCUUUCGCUAGCUUUGCUAAAUUCAUCCAUGAGCGUCAGUACCUGGGCCUUGAGAUGGAUAUGUUGGCAUUAGACUUGGUUCCCGUUGAAAAGUCAAGACUGAAAAUCUACUUUAGAGACAGGCGAACAGACUUUCGAUCAGUCAAGGAGAUGAUGUCACUGGGAGGCAGGAUACAUGGCGAAGAUUUUGAUGUUGGCAUGAGAAAUUUGAGAAGUCUCUGGGACGCGUUAAUAGGAACGAGUGAAAUGUCUGAUGAUGUUCCUCUACCAUACAAUAACCAUCGGACAGCUGGAGUUCUCUACAACGUCGAAUUCCGCACAAGCAGCACAACACCAAAGGUUAAGGUCUAUAUACCUGUCCGGCACUAUGCGAAGAACGACUCGCAGAUCCUUGACGCCUUGGGAGACUUUUUGGCAGAUCAGACAAGCAAGUUACCAGAUGUUGUGAUCGAUUCACUUUGGACAAAAAGGUAUUCAGAUUGCUUAUACAACAUUUUGUGA